AUGUUGGGAACAGCACGUAUAACUAUAAAAGGCAAUAGAGGAACAGAGAUCGAAUGCAGAGCAUUAUUAGAUUCUGGUUCGCAGUUCAACUUUAUCACAGAUAGGCUUAUGAAGAAAUUAGGAGAAAACCGCCAAAGGACGUUAGCAUGCAUUGAAGAUAUCGGACAGAGAAAACAAAAUGCUCAACGACGAGUAAAUCUAACAUUUGGUUCUAUAAUUAACAACUAUUCAGCAAGGGUAGAAGCAUACGUAAUACCGAAAAUUGUAUCUAAUGAGCAGAGUGUGCACAUCGACAUAUCGAAUUGGAAAAUACCCAGCAACAUUAACUUAGCUGACACAGGCUUCAAUGCUAGUGAUAAAGUUGAUAUUUUGUUAGGUGCGGCUUCAAUGAUAAUAGUGAUAGGAAGGACAAGUGAUCACGAAUUACCUCCACAGACACAGACUUGCGACGUACUCUCAGACGAUGAUGAAAUACUAGAACAGGUCAUAGAGAAGUUUUGGAAGUUGGAUGCGAUGGUACCUACAACAAUGACAUUAACUCCACAUAAAGAAUUGUGCGAAUCGCAUUUUGUAAACAACACGCAACAAACCAGUUUGGGUCGAUUUGUAGUGAAACUGCCUUUUAAGCAAAAUCCAGAAAGUCUUGGAGAAUCUGAUCAAAUAAACAGGUUUUAUGCACUUGAAAGAAGACUGAGCACAAAUGAGACUGUUUGGCAGCAAUACAUGAACUUCAUGAGAGAAUAUGAGAACAUGGGUCACAUGGAAAAAAUUGAUAUCGAGGGAAGUGCAUCUCAUUAUAUGAUCCCACAUCAUUGCGUACUUCGACCAGAAAGCAGCACAACCAAACUCCGAGUAGUAUUUGAUGCUUCAUGCAAAACUCAUAAUGGCUUGUCGUUAAAUGACAUUUUAUUGACAGGUUCAAAAAAUCAAUAUGAGCUGUCUUCUAUUCUACUUCGUUUCAGAUGUCCAAGACUAAAUACUGUGACAUACGGCACACGGUCGGCACCAUAUUUAGCCACGAAAUGCCUACAACAAUUGGCCAUUAAGGAAUCAUCUAAAUAUCCGCUCGCAGUUUCGGCGAUUCAAAAUGAUUUCUAUGUUGACGAUUGUUUCAGCGGAUCAGACAAUCUCAAUACUGCAUUGGAGAUACAACGUCAACUUAAGGAUUUGUUGGAGUCGGCCGGUUUUGCAUUACGUAAAUGGUGCGCCAAUGAUCCUUCUUUGCUUAAGGAUAUAGUAAAACAAGAUCAAGAAGUCGAUUUAGACUUUGACAGUGUAGAUCUACCAUCCAUCAAAACAUUGGGAAUUGUUGCAAUUCAAGGCAUUUCAGUACCAAGCCAAUGGCGACAUGUGAGUUCACGACACAACCCUGCAGAUGCAUUAUCACGUGGCACUAAACCUUCCCAGUUACAAACUAAUCACUUAUGGUUUUUGGGCUCAAUGUUUCUACAUGGGCCAGGAGAAUUCAAAAAAAUGUUAUGCAGUCUUCCUGAUAACGCAGAAUUGAAGGGUACUUUACGUCAGGUUGCAUUAGCUGCAAUUAGCUGCAGUGCCGACUGGGUGUAUACAGUAAGCCACAGAAAUUCCUUCAAAACCUUGUUACAUAUUGUAGGCUAUGUGCUGCGCUUCAUAAACCGGACCACACAACUUCAAAAGCGCGAGAUUCAUUUAAUAGAACUCGAUUCAAAAGAGCUACGGGAUUCAGAGACUCACAUAAUAAGGUGCAUUCAGGAAGCUGAAUUCAAAGAAGACAAAAAGGAAUUAAGGCAUCGCAACCAGGUAAAGGCAACAAGCGCAUUAGCUGCAUAUACUCCAUUUUUAAAUGAAGACAACAUCAUUCGGGUUGGAGGCAGGUUAGAUUACUUCAAUGUCGAAUCAUCCAAAUGA